UAAUACACAUUUAUAACACAUUUUAGUAUUUUAAAGAUUUCAUAAGGUUAACUAAAUUCCUAGUAAUUUAUUUUACUUCUAUUAUUUCAUUUAAUUAUUAUUCGAUUCUAAAUACGAUAAUUAUGUUUUUUAAUACCUUUCGAACAUUGUCAUGUACAGUAUACAAAGCAUCGAGUAGUUUUUCGGCCAGCAACAACUUUGUAAGUUAACAAUAUAUUAUAUAAAAUAUAGUAUAAUUAAAUGGAUUAAAUAGAAUAUUUUAUUUAGAAAAAUGGAAGAAACAUUUAUACAAGUGUGAUCAAGUAUAAUGGACUUUUGAGUAAGGAAGAUAAUGAGACAAUGGUAUCAAUUAAAGAUAGGUCAGUUGUAAUUCCCAUUGAGACCAGUAUUGAAUAUAUGGAAAGUGAAGGUAUGGAAAUAAUUUAAUCAUUUUACUUAAAAAUUAUUUGUAAAUUAAGUUUUUUUUUAUUUAACAUUUCAACAUUGAAAUAAUUAUAUUUAGUAUGAAUCCCGUAUGAAAAGUCUGAGGACAAAAGGUCCAUGGACAAAAUUUUGAAAAAAGUUGGAUAAAAAGUCCGGACUCAUUUUAUUAUUGAUGGACAAAAAUUACAAACACAUUUUUAUGUUCUACAUUAAUAAUAGUUAUUUAAAAUAUAUUAAGUUUUAAAAAAUAAUAAAUAUUAAUAUUGAUCACUACAAUUAUAUAAAUAAUAACAAUUUUCAGUUUAUUAUUAGAAGUUUCUAAAAUAAUUGGACAUUAUUUUAAAUUUUAUUUGAACGUUUCCACCGAAUACUCGAAACAAGUUUAUGAAAAACCAUAGUUAUAUGAAUAUUCAUUAAAUAACAUUUUUUAUUUUCUUAAUGUGGUAUAAAUAUAGAUGAAAAAUAAUAAUUGAUUUAUUAGAUGUAGAUUUAUUUAAAUCAUGUGUAAAAGUAAUAAUAAUAAGAAGAUAAUUUUUUGUUUUUUGGAUUUUUUUGUCUGACAAUAAAAUUGUGCUCGGUCUUUUUGUCUAAAUACCAUUUAAUAUUAGAUACCUAAACCUUGUAAAUGUUAUUACUAGCCACUAGAUUGAUCAGGUUUGGGUGUCUAUGUGUCUAUACAAAUAUAAAACAAGUAUUGGAAUGAUUCUAGUCUAGUUCCCAUACAUUUUUUUUUUUAAUGUGUGUUUUUAAAUGUUUAAUCCAUUUUUAUAAUCAAAACUUACCUAUCACACUUCCUUAUAUUGUUUUUGUAAAUUAACCUUAAAAAAUAUCAAUUUUAGAAUUAAUCCUAAAUGUAUUACAUCCAAAAUGUGAUUAAAAAUGGAUAUUUUUUUUGUUAUUGUUAUUUGUAGUUAUAGAUGAUUUGAUAAUAAAGUUUUUUUUAUUGAAGUCAGAAUAAGUCUAUUUGGCUAGUUUUAGAGUUACAGAUGUUUAAAUGUUCCAUAUUUCGCUGAGCUCACUCAGACAAUUUUAAUCAAAAAUAACCCUAGAUCACUUCAGAUAGGGCACAAUAUAAAAUCAAAUUCAUCAUUUUUACUGUUGAUGUAAAUAAGUAGGUACUUAUCUCAAAAUUAAGGUAAAAAUGAUCAUAUGUUGGGUCCAUCUGAUAGCAAACUAUGCUGUGACAUGUCAUAAUCAUAUAAUAUUAGGAUCGAUAACUGUUUGCAUCAUUAGUAUUGAACAUCUAUAACUCUAAAAAUAGGCCAGAUAGACUUAUUCUGACUUCAAUACAAAAAAUCUAUGUUUACAAAAUUUCAAAUACCACAAAUAAUAAUAAUAAUAACAUAUGUCUAUUUUUGAUUAAAUGCUAUUCUUCAAGUUUAAUACACAAAAAUUAUAAAUAUAAGUAUGAUAAACAAGUUUUCACUAUACCAAUAGAUUAAGCAUUUAAAAACACACAUUUGGAAAAACAAAAAAAUUUGAAUGUUAAAUUCUAACUAAGAAAUACAGUAAAUGGAAAAACUUAAUUUUAUGAAUUUUUUUCCCAUAACUUCCAAACAAAUUUUAUUCAAUUUUUUUUUUCAUUAUGUUCUUAAUGUAUACACAUAAAUACACAUUUUGAAAAACACAAACCCAAAAAAUCGUGUGGGAGCUAAACUAGAAUUAUGCCCAAGUAUUUAUAUCUACUUAUACAAUUUAAUGAAUUUUAUUUUAUUUUAAAUGUUCUAUACAUGAUAUAAUCAAUCAUGAAAAAUGAAGCAACUUGUAAUAUGUGAUAGUAGUAUAACUUAUGUGAUUUACCUCACAUACUCGUACUACAACUUGUAUAACUUCUAAUAUAGGUAUCUAAAUAUUAUUAUUUUAUACAUACACUAUUUAUCAAUAGGCUGCAUAAAAUAUUGUUUUAUGAAACACUAGUGCAAUUAAUAAACUCAAAUAAUAUACAUAUAUUAUCAUAAUGAUGAAUAAUAUUGAUUAAAAUGUAUAAAUACAAAAAGUGAUAAAAAAGUACAAACACUUCCUUAUACAAUUUACAAACAUGCAAAUACAUAAAUAAUAAAAUAAUAAAGUAAAAAAAAAAUUAUUAAAUGGUUAAUACUCAUAAAUAAAUAAAUACAUUUUACCUGACAUUGAAUUUCUAAUUCGAAACCAGUCAUACAAUAUACAUUUCAUAAUACUCCAGGCACAUACUAUAUUUAUUUAUAUAUUUAUAUACAUAAAACAUUAAUUUCUUAAUAUGAAGAUACAGAUUUAUAUUAAUGACUAUAUAAUUAUAAACACAUUAUAAAAUUUUAAUUGAAAUAAAAAGAUUAAAAGUAAUAAUUUCAAGAUCAAGUUUAUAUUUAAAAUAAAAAAGAAAAUACAGUUCAAUACCUUAUUGUUAUACUAAUAGUCUAUUAAGAAAGUAUUACUUAUAUGUCUUAAAAUGUUUUCUAUCUAACAUCUAUUCACACAUUCAUAUUACUAGUUUUUUUACUAUCAAGAAUGUUGAUCAAAUUAGUUUUUGGUUUAUUUGCAAUAUUUUUGUUCAAAUUGGUGGGAGUUUACUGUCCUAAUGGGCACCUAUAGGCACCUAAGGAUGGAUGAUGGAUGGACCAGGGUGCCUGCUGUAAGGGGGAUAUACAAUUGACUAAAAUAUAAGAUACACAUAUACUUUAUAUGUUAUAAAAGAUUAAUAGAUAAAAUAAUUUUGUACUACUUAACCUACUAAGAAAAGGUUUGUUAAGUUUUUAUUUUUAUUUUUAUAGUAUCUUAAAAUUAAUUUUGUCUACAUUACUCAGUUCAACAAUUUUACUUAUCAAAUAUAAAUGUGUAAGUUUUCCAAAAAAUUAACCUUAAUUUAGUAUUAACUUUACAAUGAUAAUAAACACAUUGUUAAAUAAUAUUUACACUAGAAUAUGACAGUACAAUUUUACAAUAAUUUGGGUGUGGUUAAAACUAAUAAACAAUUAUUAAAUUUGAAUAAAUGCACGUUAGAAAAAAUGAUUUGGCAUUUAUAAGAUACAUUAUCAUUGGGCUAAAAGUCCAGCUUAUAUUUAUGGUUACUUUUUGAUUUAUCGGAUACAUUAAUUUUGUGUUUAAAAUUAUCUAAUUUUGUUACUUAUCACAAUUGUAUAAAACAUGGCAUGCCAUUAAUAAAAUAUAUCUUAUAUUUUACAACAUUCAUAACUAGGGAUCCUGACUUAUAGUACUUAAGACACAAAAAGGCGCUGAAAAACAUUAAAAAAGGCUUGAAAAAAAGUACUUUAAACAUAUAUAUAUAUAUAUUAGACCAAAUGGUAGAAGGGUUUAAAUGUUCCCUGUUUAACAACUAUAAAUUAUUAAAUAUAAUUUUCUAACUCUUUUUAACUUUUGGUCAAUUUUAGUUUUGUAGUGUUAGAAAAUUGUAUUAGAUAAGUUAAAGCCAUUAGAAAGGGAACAUUUAAACCCUACUGGUUUUUCAUUUUAAAUAUUUUUCAAAUGCUUUUUUUUUGAAAAAAAUUUGGACUAUUUAAAAUUAUUAUAAUAUUAAACCUAUUUAAUCAUAAUAUUAAUAAUUAUUGAAUUUCAAUAAAUACAUUUUAUAUACAUUUACAUCUAGACAUUUUGUUUUGUAAUUAUUAGGUAAAUCAUAUGAUUUUCAAUUUAUUGGUGUGUAGGUAGUAGAUUUGAUUCAAUACAUUUAAAAUUUUUGACAUUUUGAUAUAUAUAAUUUUUCAAUUUUUUUCAAAAUGUGGGGGGCUAUGAGCCAUGGUAACCUCAAUCCUGUAUUUUUUGUUAGAAACAACUUUACAAAACAAUAUUAUACUAUCGACUAUUACAGAUAUAUACAAUUGUAUAUUUAGAGUACUUAUAGUAGGUAUCUGUAGUGUAUAUAGACUAUAUAAUAGGGCCCUAGGCCCCAGCCCAUAGUGAGAUUUCAGAUUCAAUUAAAACUUUUUGCAUAUUGCUUUAGGGUGGAGUAAUGUAUUUUCCUGGUAUAGGUAAUUUUGUGAAUUUCGAUAUUUACUGAUUGUAAACAGUUAACACUUGUCAACAGUAGUACUUUGCAGUGCUCAAAUUGAGAGGAGAUGGAGUACCUCAACUAAUUUUUCAGAAAUGUUAGUCUACCUUUACUAUUUGUUUGAAGGAGACACAAUGGAGGAUACAAGAUACCAUGUUUUGAAAGAGCUAUAUAUAAAAGACUAUACCUAUAAAAGUAUUCAGUAAAUUUUCUUACCUCUAAGAUUAUUUUUCAUUAAAUAAAUAAAAUAGAAUAAAACAGAUGCAGUAAAUAUAACAGUAACAAGUUUUCCUAAAGUUUUCUGGGGUUUCAAAAUAAUUAAGAAUACUAUACAGAAAAUCAAAAAUAACCACUGUAUUGCACCAACUAGACAACAAUUUUUGUUAGGAACCAUCACCUUUUAAGUUGAUAAUUGAAGCAAGAUUUCUGGAAGAAAAGUUGUUCACAUACAGGAAAAGAACAAACAUAUCAUCAUAAAAGAAUCAUAGUAAUAACCAUCACAUUAGAAUCUAAAAUAAAUAAUAUAUACUAUAGUAGAUACUAUGUAAGUAAAAGUUAGGCUGCAGUAGGUAGUGUUUAUUUUUGGAAAGUAUGAAUUACUGAAUUAUGUUUGGAAAUUGGUGCAGGAGGUUUGGAGGGCUAAGCCUCACACUGGUUGAGGUUUAUUUAUAUCUUAUAGUCCCUCUUUUAUUUUAUCAAUUCGAGCACUAGUACCUUGUGUAACAUUUGAUGCUAUGUAUAUGUUUACUGGUGAAUAGGUAUAUUUGUUACAAACACUCAAAGAAGUAUCACAAAAUGAAAUCUAUCAUGAACAUAUCUUUCUUUACCCUAUUACCUAAAUAAUAUAUACUAUAUUACAUCAGUCAAGACAUCAACCAUGAUCCAUAUCUAAGUUGUUUUUUGGUAUAUAACUGACUACGAUAUAUACUAUAUAUAACUACGAUACAACUGUUGAAAGACGUUUUUCAACAUUAGAUUGACUUAAAACUGCUUUGAUGUUGAUUCAUCAUACCUCUAAAUAUUGAAGAAAUUGUUAAUAUUUUUAUUUUAAAAAUAUAAAAAUCAAUUUUACAUAAUAUUUAAAUGAUGAAUCAGUUAAAUAUUUCCAUGUGAAUUUCUCAAAAACAUUUUAAAUCUACCUACUGUGUAAAAAAAAAAUGCUAAAUUUAUUAUAUAAUAUAAUAAUCAAUAUGUAUUUAUAAUUAUAAUUCCUCUAUUUGCAUUAUUUAUGUUAUAAUUAAAAUCACCUGGCCCUCUAAAAGUAGCUUUGUUGGUGGUAAAUUAGCCCCUAGUGACAAUAAUUUCUAUAUAUGCUACUGAUAGGUACCAUCUAUAUUGUGAAGUAUUAAUAAACUAUAAACUAUAAAAUAUGUUUUUUUUUAUAGAGUUUUCUAAAGCUUAGUCUCUCCCCAAUUAAGUCUCUGGAGCUAAUCCUGAUUACUAUACCAUUUUAUAUGUGAUGGUGCUCUUAUAAAAAAUAUAUAUUCAAUACAUAUUUUAAACACAUUUAAAAAAUAUAUGUGUAUUUUUACUCUAAAUACUUUGAAAAAGUAAAAGACAAGUCUACUUGCACCUAGCCUAAAUUAGAUUAUAAGCUAUAGGAUUCACAUGAAUUUAUGAGAAGUAUUCAAUCAAACAUCUAUUUUAGCAAGUAUUUAUUGAUUCUUCUAUGUCAGCAUUAAACAUUAAUAAUAAUUAUAAUUAUUUAUUUAAAUUUAAAAUCAUUUUUAACAGUCCAAGUAUAAUUUGUAUAAAUAAGGUUUUUAUGUUGUAACUUAUUAAACAUUAUAUAAAAUAUAAUCACAAGAAACUUUAGUAUGAGAGUUUACUAUACUGAUUUUUGUAGCCAAAUCAUAUUACUGACUUCUCAAGAAUUAUUUAGUCUCUUGCAAUAUCCUUAAUAAUGAGUAAUGACUCACACUAUUCACACUUGGUUUACAUCCAUUUACAGUUAAUGAAACUACACCUUUUAGUUUAUAGUUUAAAUUAUUAACAGUCAAUACUUCUGGAAUAUCCUCUAAUUUAGUUUUUACAAUUGUAUUUGCUAUCAUUAUUUACUUCUAAAAAUAUUUAAACAUUUAAUUUUAUGUUAAUAUUUAUUAUAUUAAUGAAAGUGUAUUUUAACCUUGAUAAGUCGAAAUUCAAGGAAAAUGCAAUUUUUUCUGACUUCUCGAGGUUUUUGAGUUAUCAAGGUUUUAGAAAAAAAAAUUGAUUUAAAGAGUUUUUAAAAUGAACAUAUGUAUUAUAGUUUUUAAUUAUUAUAUAGUUUAUAUGUACACAUAAUUACAGCAUGUAUUGUUAUUAUUACUUUAAAAUUGUAUUACUAAAAAAUGAUUAGGUUGAAUUGUGGGCUGCACAAUCUGAUUAAACAAUUGAUUAUAAAAAUUAUCAGUCAUUAUCCAUUUAUAUUUAGAACACAGAAUGUUCGAGUUAUCUAUAGUUUUUCUUUCAAGUAACCUCCGAGUCUACUGUACUUGCAAUUACCAUUGUUAAAUUUAUAUGUCUCAAUAAAAAUAUGAUAUUUUGAAAAUUCAGGAACCAAUGUCACUUGUCCAUUGCACAGAUUUUUGCUGCAUUUAUUUUUGACUGGUUUGAUAUGAGUAUUUAUAAAGUCAAAAAUUAUAAAAGUUCCCAUGAAAUAUAUGUAACAUAUGCUUUGAUCACAUUUAUUAUUUAAAGAUUAUUGAGUACUUAGGUAACAUGCAUCUUAAUAAAUUUUCAAAAGUUGUAUCACAUUCAACCAGCUUUUGGUCAUAUUUCAGGGGAGUUGUGUUGAACUAAGACAGCAUAUGUGGGUAUGACAUUCUUUUAAAAAUUACAAUUAAAUUAAAUACAAAUUACAAAUUUUGUAAUUAGUAUUUUUGGGUUAAUAUUAGAGUCCCAUUUUUAUGCAAAAACAUAUUUAUAACAAACAUAUGCUAUUUGAUGGGAGUAAACAUUUUAUAACCUAUAGAAUCUAUUAAAAAAAAGUUUUUUUUUUUAUUCAAAUGAGUGCAUAUUUCUGCUAUAUUGGAUUAUAUUACAGAAAUAUUAUGAAGUUUUUAGUUUAGUUUAAUUUAUAUCUAGUCACCCAUUCAAUAUAAUUUCCUGUGAUAGAUUGUUGUGAGCAAAUAUAACCUUAGUUUAAUUACUAUACAAUAAUACUAUUUGUAUAGUUCAACCAAGACAUUUAUAUUAGUGUUUAAGAUAAAAAAUUAAGUAUUAUCAGUACAUUGUUUGUUUAGCAUACAAAACCACAUAUGGAAAUGAUCCUGUAUGGAAAGAAUAUCGUCGAAAUCACAAAGGAAGUAUUCCACCAAUAAAAACUAGGAAAAUGUGUAUUGUUAGUUCCAAAUUAAUUUGUAUGAUAAUUUUUAAUUUUAAUAUAAUAAUGUGUUUUAAUAUUUUAGAGAGCUGAUAAAAUUUCUACUGGGAAUCCAUGUCCAAUUUGCCGUGAUGAAUACUUGAUACUGGACUAUAGAAAUGUGGAGUUGCUCAAACAAUUCAUAUCACCAUAUUCUGGCAAAUUAUUAUCUUAUUCGUAUGUCAAAGAAUUUUUUUUUCUAAUUGAUACAAAAUAUUUUAAAUGAUAAAUAACUUAUUCAUAUUUUAAAAUGUAACUUAUCUGCUAGAUUUUUUAACACAUUCAUUUUCUCAAAAAGUACAAACUUUUAUAGAUAAUUUUCUUUUUGGGAAAUUUGUGUCAUUUUUAAAUUUUACAUUAUCCUUUUUAUUCUUAUGUUUUAUGGUUAAAUUACUUAUAACAACUUUUUAAUUUUUAAAUUGAACCUGUAUUAAAAAUUUCACAAAUUCACAAAGUUAUAAUUGAAAUAAAUAAUCCAGUUGGUGUUGAAAUAUCUAGUUUCCAUUUAUACAUUGGCAAUUUAAGUUUGGUUUUUUUAAUUGUGUGGAUUGUAGAAGGAGCAGUGGACUCCUUUUACUGGUGUUUAUGCAACAAUACAAAGCUGAUAUAUCUAACUAACAGAUAGUAAUUAAAUAUUAUAACAUUGUUAUUACCUAUGUUGGUGGUGGUUUCUUUUCUAUCAAAUAAUAGUGAAAAAUCAGGAUAAUGUAAUAUUUGAUUGUAACAAUUAUCUUAAAUUUUUAAAAAUGAAAAUGUUAAUUAAAGAUAACACAUUUCACAAUAAAGUAUAUAUUUAUAGAAUUACUCUAUAUAAUCUUAAAGAAAUACAAAUGUAUAAUAAGCCACUGGCAUAGUUGAAUUAAUAUAUAAAUCAGUUUUUUUUAUUUUUUCUGAAAAUUAAUCAAUAUGGAGUUACUAUAAUUGAGAUUAGGCCAUAUUACACAAUAUAAAAUUAUACAUAUGAAAGUAAAAGACUUUCAUUGUGAAUAUUAUAGUACAAAUAUUAAUUCCAUAAAAUAUUUAAAAAAUAUAAAAUCAUAUUAAGGCUUCUACAGUGUUCUAUUAUUAAAAUUUCAAACUAAAAUUGUAUACACAUAUAGUAUAGAGGUCGAUGAUUACAAAAAAAUAUUUUAAGCAAAAUUGGCAUUUCCAUAAAAAUGCUUUUCUUGCACCCAGCCACUCAAUUGUAGUCAUUUCCUGGAAGGGAAUUUUCCUGUGGCAGUACAUUAGGUAUAUAAUUUUUUGAUUUUCCCAGGGACUUACAUAAUAAAUGGGGGAACUGAAUGAAAAUAAUACUUUUAUAAUUUUAAAUUUUGGUUUUUGUUGUAAUUCAGUUAACAAUAUUCGUUGAGACUUGAAAUUUUGAUAGUUAUCUUAUAUUUGCAUUUUAAUUUUACAGUGAGGGGGAUAUUCAUUUUUGUUCAUUUGGUAUUUUAUAGAUAAAAAUUGUUAGACCAAACAGAAAUGCUAGAAAAUUUAACAGGAUGGUAAUGAUCUUCCUGUUAAAUUGUAUAAGUUAAUAUUAUAAUUUGUCCUUUGAGUUAAAAAAAAAAUUAAGUGUCAUGUAAAAUUUUUUUAUAAGAAAUUUAAAUCAAAGUUUGAAAGCAACACUGUUUACUGAAUUCCUCUUAGAAUCGUUUUUCUUUAGCAAUGAUUAAUCACUAACUGUAGAUAUACAUUAAAUUUCCCCUCUACCUUCCCAAAUUCUGACCUACAAUAGUGGUACACCUAUUGUGUGAAGUAUGUUCAUUUUUUUUUAUAAUGAAAUACAGUUUACAUGAUUAACAUAAUAUUUUUAUUUUUAAAUUGCAAUAAGGAAAAUUGUUAAAAAUUUAAAAAAAUUUUGUUUCAGAUUAACUGGUCUUUGUCAAAAACAAUAUCAAAAUUUGAUAGUAGCAGUCAAAAAAGCUAAGGACUGGGGAUUUAUUAAAUUUGAUCUUCCAGUUAAACAUUAUAAUUAUGAUGAAUAUAAAAAUUCAGAUAAGUAAAAAUCAAACAAUGUAAUUGAUCUAUAGGAGAAAUAUAUUAAAUUAGAAAUAUAUUUCAGC